AUAAUGAGUUGAAAUGUAGUGGCGGCACUUACCAUUUUGACUGCUACGGUGAAUGGACCAACCUUUGUUUGCUUGCACAAAAUGCCUUCGGAACUUCCCACAGUCUGAAAUGGCUAGGUCGGGGCAGGCCUGCAAAGUAUUUUAAAUUCAUGUACUGCCUUCUAGUGGCUCGCUAUUUAGGGUUGUAGUCCUCAUCACUCAGCAUUCAAACAAUGUGAAUACUGCAAGUCUGACUUCAAGUACUAUGUUUACGGUGAUAUCUGUCCAAAGUGUCAGUCUUUAAAGAGUAAAUAUGGUGAACCUCAACCUUGUUCAAUAUGCAAUUUAAGGACAGCAUUCGGCAAUGCAUUAGUUUGUCAGCGGUGUUUACAUUAUAGAAACAGAUUUGGUGAACCAAGACAAUGUCAGUCAUGUGGAAAUAUGUGUGCAUUUUUGAAAGACGAAGCCAGUCGUCAAAAGGUUGAUGGACAAAUUCUUUGUUGGGUGUGUACAUACAACUUUAAAUUGGCUCGAUCUAAAGAACGCUCUUUAUCGCAUAUAUCAAAUAAACGUCGACAUGAUGGUGUACAACUCAGUGAUACAAAUCGUUUAAAAUCUACUAUGGACUCUUUAAAACGAUCAGGUAGUGAUUAUGGAUCACGAAAAUAUGAUACACAAGUCAAUUCACAACAGGUUUUAACUACACAAGCAGUUAGUUUGGAUUCUGUAUACAAUGAACACUUACUUACUAUCAGUCAAUUACAAGAUGAAAUUAAAUCAUUGAAACGUCAGCUAACCCUUAAAGAUACUGAUCUAUUAGCUAAAGAUCGUACUAUAGCUGAAUUACGCUCUGAAAUGAUUGAUAUGAAAAAUGUACACGAAGAUCGUAUACAAAAGGUGAAAUCAGCUGGACAACUUGAACAAGAUCGUUUAAUGGCAACAAUACGUCAAUUACAAAAGGAGAAUGUCUCUCUUCGUCAAGGUGAUAAACGUCGUCGCGGUGGUAAUACUCCGUCUGGAAUUUUAAAUCUUCGACAUUCUACCUCUGCAACAACACUGUUCAAUCCAGAUUCACCAUUACUUAUGAGUACUAGUAGUGGAAAACGUCAAAAUAAUAAAACACCAGUUAGUGGUAAUCGUAGUGGUAAUCAAACUAUUACUAUUACUACAGAUGAAUCUGAUAGUGUUAAAACACCCAACACCCCCUAUGAACCCUCAUCAAAAGAUGAUGAUGACAGCAAUCCACCACCAGCUCCUGAUUCUUCAGUAAAUAAAAAACAACGCUUAAUAAUCGAUGAGGAGGAUAGUAAUAAUACUAAUAGUGUACACCAAUUGUCAGAUGAAGAGUCGAAUUUAACACCGCAACAUCGUAUCACCCAUACAGAUACGGAUACUGAGAGUAUUAAUAAUAAGCAGAGGAAGGCGAUCACAAGUUCACCAGAUUUAACACCGACACCGACUGCCUCAUCUAAUCGAUCAUCAUUAUCAUCAUCAUCAGAGGAUGAUGAUGAAGCAGCAGCCGGCGACAAAGGCUACACGUAUAAUCCACAUGAAAUGAUUGGAAAAGAUCCUCUUGGAUUAGAUACACCAACAGAAUCAGAAGAUGAAGGUGACAACGGUGGUGAUGGCAAUGAAACGGCUGAUGAUAAGUGAAUAUAUAUCUAUAUAUCUCUUAAAUAUAUAUAUAUAUUUUUAUAUAUACAUGCGCUUUGAUAUAACCAAGUUUAUCAAACAAAGAAAAGAAAAAAAACUGAUUUUGAUCUGCAUUUUUUUUGUAUAUUUAUAAGUAAUUCUUCAUAUUUUAAGUUUAUCCUUUUUUUUUCCUUCUCUCUCUCUCUCUCUCCCUUCCCCUUGAAAAAGAAUGUCGUUUUGCCCACUUCUACACUUUCUCACAAUUCAUUACAUUUUUUUCUCGACGUUCGUAGGCGGGGGGGGGAGGGCUCUCAGUACACUUACUUGGUGUUGUUUAUUACAGGGGUCACACGCGUUAUUUGUAAAUAUGUGUGUAUCUAUGUGCAACUAUGUAAUAUUUGUGCUAUGUUCUAUCUAUCUCUGUCUCUCUCCCUCUCUCAGUGUUAUUAAAUUUGCAGUUGCAGAUGCCAUUUAUACUCCUCCGUAUUCAACCUCACCGCUAACCCCCGCCCCCCGCCGCCGCCCCGACCGGCCUCACACAUACACACACACGGAAACUCACUAAUUUUCAUUUGUAUCGUUGACAAUCUUUCUUGUUUCCAUUAUUAUAUCAUCUGGUUCUCUUCAUGUCUGUCAGAUAUUUUAUUUUAUGAUUUAUAUAUAUAUAUAUAUAUUGCAAUUUUGGUGUUCAUCAACCUAAGUUGGUUUCUUCGCCUUGUUUCUAACGUGUACCCGCUGCAAUACCCGUUAUGAUAAUGAUAUUAAUUAUUAUUGCUAUUGCCUAUCCUGUGUGAUGAUUUUUGUUUGGUUUUGUCCAUCACGAUAUCUUACACUGUUAAUGUAUUUUUAUUGUCUGGUUAUGUAUUGAUUUCUGGCGGUGAAUGUUUGUAUCCGUCCAAAUGGUCAUAGUCAGUAAUAACUCUUUUAAGAUGAUGAUGACAAUUCUUAUUUGUUUUUUUUUCAAACAUUUAAGAAACAAACAACAGCUGAUCCCAACGGGUUGAUCGGUAACGAAAUCUCAGCACGGAUACAUAGAGGG